AUAGAUUCUUACCUGAGCAGAGGUGGUCGCGUGAUCGGGGGAUCUUCCGAAGGUCAUGCAUUUGGUACGCCACCUUCCAGAAAUGCCGUCGGCUGGCUCCCACCCAACUCGCCGAUAUAUCCAGCCGUUGUUCCGAUGUUCAGUAACCCUUCCUUCCCAGGUAUCGUUCAGAUAAUCGUUCCAGCGACAAUUUGACUCAUGGAAAAAAUAACAAGGAUUUCUUUUUUGUGUUGAAACCUGUCAUUCGUUAUGAAAAACGAAACAAAGCUCUAAUUGGGAAAAAGAAAAAAUUGAUUAAAAGGUGAUUUCAAAUAAAAUUAUUUGGAAUGGAAGCAGAACUUUUCUGACAUACAGUGUGGAUCAAAGCUUGAAGACCCUCUCGAGAUUUUGUAAUUUUAGAGCUACUACGAGCGAAACGUGAGAACUGUCGAUAGAUUCAGAAUCCACGAAAACCGUGCAUAGUUUGCACACCAUUCAAAAACAGAAAACUUGUUUUAUAGAGUAAAAACUGAAAAGAUACGCUUCAAUCCUGUCAAGGUCUUCCUCCUUCAUGCUGGACUCAGUUUUCAAUGGUUGACUUUGAACGGUCACAUUUCUUUUCAGAAAGCGUUUUUUGGCUGCUCUAAAAAUGUAACAUUAUUUUGAACUUCUGAAUAUAAGAAAAUGUGUAUAUUUAAAUGAUUGACAAACCUCCCUAAAUUUGCAAAAAUUAUCAUUUCGUCGAGGUCUUUUUAUCAUCGAGUGGAAUUUUAAAGCAUCUCUCAUUAUGAAAUCCCAGGAUUUCCAAAACUUGAGUCUUCGAAUAGUAGGAGAUGCGUUUAGUUGAUAAAAAAAAGAUUUGAACUUCCGUGUUCCUAACUCUUUCAGAAUGAUUUUCCUAAAAUCUUCUUGAAAAAUUUUCCAUCUGAACUCGAAAAAAGAAGUUAUGCGGAAUCGUAACUUUUUAUGCGCAUAUUGAACGGCAGAAAAAGUUCACUAUUUUUUUUUUCGUUUCAAGAACGGACAAUUAGUUUCGAAUUUUUACAUAUGAAAAUGAAGAUUCUUGACAGCCUAACAUCAAAUCUGUGAUGUAAAAAUACGGAAAUACGGAUAAUCUCAAACAGGCGAAUUCAUUAGACUAGCAACAUGAAAUGAAAACAUGAAAAGCAACACAAAAAUGUAGUUCACUGCAUGCGGAGAUUUUUUUUAGAAAUGAAACCCCAAGUGUUUUCGUUCUCGCCUCCUGCGCCUUCAGGAAUGCAAGUAUACACAAGACCAGCACCGAUUCCCUCGAUGCACAUGCCAAUCAACGAAAAUCCAACUGUUUUCGCCAUCGCCAACAGUAAUGCUUCCAUUAUUUUUCGUUCUUCAGACCUUUCAUUUUCUAGGUCCACCAGUGUCGUAUGCUCCAAUAAUGAUGAUAGAAAACCCGACAUCGACCAGUAUGAAUGUUCCCAUGGACUUUUUCAGAUCGAAUGCUUGUAGUGGGACAGGUUAAAUUAGAUUAUUUCGUUCUUGAGAACCAUAGAAAGUCUUAUUUUAUUAAUGGUUACCAAUGACUACAGCAGCUUGAAACGCAAUCGUUUUUUUUCCACCAAAAAAUGUGUAAAGCGAUGAGGUCUUACUUUUGAUGCUCUGAGCGCGCCCGACAGCCAGCGAUUGCCACUUUAUAGUAGAGAAAGGGAUGUGUGGUAUUUUUUUUGUAUCUUAUAGGUUACGCGCCUCCUCAACAUCCCAUCAUGCCUAACUUCAUCCAACAAGGAUUUUUCAGUCAACCACAAGCUGUUCAGUUACCCCCUAAAAAAGAGUAAGCGUUGUUCCGUGAAAAACAAGAAAAAUGGAUCAUAUCGCCAGAAGUGUUAUUUUACUUCAACGUGGUUUGGUCGCGUUGAGGGUUCAUCAGAGAGUACUUGGGAUCUUCAAAAAUUAUUUUUUCGUAGUGUUCUGUGAAGCGCCGAAAAGUUUGGCUGUUAAAUCAUUCAAGUUCUAAAAAAGACUAAGAAUAGUAUUCUAAACACUAUCUUUCCAAGUUUCCAUAGGAUUUCCUGGUGCAUUCUCAACGAUUCGGUGUGUUCAGAAAUCACUCUGAACGCGAAAUAAAAGAAUGAAUGACUAAACUCAAAAAAGCGCAAAGGAGAAGAAAGAGAGUUCCUGGUCUGGUAAAAUCAUAAAUUUCCUGUUUUCGUCUCUUUUCGAGAUAUUUGAUGUAAAAAGAUGUGUAUAUUAGUGAAAAACCGAUGGGCGAUCUGCUGCUGUCGUACAGGAAUAACGGGAACAAAUCAUUAAAACUGCACGAAAUCUCUGGCCACGUUCUCGAGUUUGCAAAAGACCAAUUGGGCUCUAGGUUGCGUUAUUGCCUGGACUUUGAAUUUAUUUCCUUUUGCAGGUUUAUACAACAGAAGCUGGAAGCGUGUGACAUCGAUGAGAAAGACGCGAUUUUUGAUGAAGUUGUCAAGUUCUCCGCAGAACUUGUAAAUGACAUAUUUGGUAACUAUGUGGUGCAGGUUUCGUUGCAAUUGGAAAUCGUUAGAGAAAAGGUUUUCCAGAAGUUUCUGGAAUUCGGUUCUGCUUCCCAUCGAAAUAGGCUUGUUGAAGCUUUCCAGGGGAACGUCGUCAAGUACGCAUUUCAAAUGUACGCUUGUCGAGUACUGCAAAAAGCUCUGAGUUCAUCGAAGAGCCAUUGCAAUUGCUUAUUUUGGCGGAAAUCGAAAAGAGCGUCUGUUUAUUUUGUUAUUUCUUUUUACUUUAUGGUUUUGUAGGUUUUGAAAUGCAUGGAAGAUCAGAAUGGAAAUCACGUUAUUCAAAAGGCGGUGGAACGUGUUAAAUCCACACGUGUGCAGUUUAUAGUUGAUGCUCUGCUACUCACCGAGGAUAUGGUACUAUAUAUAUUUUUUUUUUUUUUCUGAAGGCAUUCAUUAAAUUCGUAACUUUAGCCUCAGAUGUAAUAACCGUUGACAAAAGAGUCAUUCAAAAAUAUCCUUUAAAAACGACGGAGGUAAAUUUAACAGGCGCUAGUGUCCGGGGAAAGUUUGCUCAACGGCUAACUCGAAUAUUCAUUUUCUCAAUUUUUUUUUCUCUUUAAAUUCUCAUUAUGAGGAAGAAUUUUAUCCCUGAAGCCGUGAAAGUUCGGAAAGUCGGGAAAAUUUGUUUUAUUCAGAAAUUAAAGCCAUAAAGCAGUAAGUAUUUUCACAAAGUCAUGAUUUUUGACAAAAAUGUUCUUCAAAAAUUCAGAAAUGGUUGAGGCUUUGCUGCUGAUUAUCAUUAGAGCAAACUUCAACGAGCUCAAGCGCUUUUGGCUCUUCUGUCCUAGCCAUUUUUUCUCGAGUACUUUUUGGAUUUUUGAAAGGGACUUCUGUUUAUAUUCGAUAAUACUCACUACUGCAGGUAUCUAUUAAAUCAUAUUAUUUUAUAAAUUCCAAAAUAGUUUCAUCUAGAAGUUCGCGAUUACCCUCAAAAGAGGAAAGAAGAAGAAAAAACAUCAUAAAUAGAAUUAGGACGAAAAAACCGUCAGUCGGUAAUGCGGCGGGAACGCCUUUUGGAAAAGUAAAACAUGAAAUUGACGUAAAAUGGACGACGAUUUCUUCCUAUCAUCAAGUCUUCAUGCUCCGAAUUUCUUUUUGCAUCCUCAAUAGGAAAACGAUUUCCAAUUAACGACUAGCUUGGGACGCGAAGGAUCGUGGAACUGUCUACGAAAUCUAUCAACCAGGCAUUAUAUCUUUUUUUUUCUUAAUCGUGUCAGGACCUUUUCUUCGAUGGCUCAAGCUAGCCAUGAGUCGGCUAUAAUUUUCAGUCAGCCAUAUCAGUUCUGUCCUUUGUUCACGCAGGUACACAAAAUGUCUGUUCACACGUAUGGAUGCCGCGUUGUACAACGUGUUCUUGAACAUUGUACCGAAGCCCAAGUUCGUCCGAUUCUUCAAAAAUUGCACUCUCAUUUCGAAGAAGUUAUUUUUGAUCAGUACGGUAAUUACGUUGUGCAACAUAUGGUAAUUCACGGCUCGAAAGGAGAUAAAGCCCAAGUUGUAAAUCGAGUAAGUUCUUUUUUAAUACAUCAUUACUCAAAAAAGUUUGAAAUUAGAUAGGAUCGAGAUUUCGUGCUUUUGAAAAAGCGUUAAAUGCGUUUAUUACCUAUUUUCAACCGUUCUUGUCAGAAAAAAUAUUGAAAAUGAAAGAAGGAAUGAGCGCAAAAAAAUUUUCUUGAAAAUUUUUAAGAUCUCUCAGAUUGCGUCAGAUGUUCUGAAAUAUGCCAAACACAAAUUCGCCUCGAAUGUUUUGGAAAAAUGCUUGAUUCAUGGAGAUUCGGAGCAGAAAGGCUUCAUAAUCAACAUGGCGUGCGAUCAAACAAUGGGGUGAGCCAAAGUACGGAAUCUUGUGAAUUUCCUCUUCUCAGAACUACGCCUGCUAUCGUUCAUAUGAUGAAAGAUCCUUUUGCCAAUUACGUCGUCCAGAAAAUGUUCGACGUCGCCGAUUCUGAACACUGCAAAAAGAUAAUGAUGACUAUCAAGCCGUACAUAUCGACUCUUCGAACUUUUCAAUACGGCAAACACAUCAUUGGUAUGUUUGUCUCAAUGGGACAAUAUUUAAUCACAAGUCCGCAUAUUUUUAGAGCCACUAUCUCAGAGAAAAAAAAGGCGCUAGCCCUCUUUUUCUUCAUACUACUUUUGAUUCUGCUAGAGUUUGA